GAAUGGUCUAAAGGAACGCCUGGCAUUAUUCUGAUGGCAAAGGGAAGAAGAAGUCUGAAUUUCUGUUUCAUUAAAUUGUUACAUGGUGAAAGUUUACUGCAAUGUUGAAAUUUCUACUUCUUGUUAAUAAGCAAGGACAUACACGCGUUUCACAAUACUACGAACACUUGGAUCUGGAAGAAAGAACGAAUAUGGAAGCUGAGAUAACGCGAAAAUGUUUGGCAAGGAGUGACGACCAGUGUCCUUUUAUGGAAUUCAAGAAUUUCAAGGUUGUCUACAGGAGAUAUGCCUCACUACUCUUCAUAGUUGGUGUUGAUUCAGAUGAGAAUGAAUUGUCAAUACUUGAGUUCAUUCAUAACUUUGUAGAGACUUUGGAUCGGUAUUUUUCUAAUGUGUGUGAAUUGGAUGUAUCCUUGUUAUUAGUGUUUUUAACCCUUUGCACCCGGACAUUAGCAUGCAUAUCUAUUCUCCAUACUGCUCUCUCUACAUCUUCUAAGGUGCUGACAAGGAGAAUUUGUUUAACAAUCAAGAGCUCCUUCAGUCAGUGAUCACUUCUGUUAUUCUCGUGACCUUAAUGUGUGGUUUAGGGGAGUAGGGAGAAAUUAAAAGCUAAUCACUCUUAGGGGUAAAAACAUUUAUUUCUAUGUAAAGAAGACAAAUAUACCCAGUGGCUGGUAUAUCAUAUUGAAAUAUCUAAUAAAACUAAUCCAAAAUGCAUAUUCAAUAUUAAUAAUUAUUACAAUUAUUAUUCACUAUUAAUAAUUAUUAUACACCCUUGAUUUCCUUAGUUUCCCUUGCUCCUAAUACUGUAUGUUGUGAUAGGCCAAUUAUUGAUCACAUGACUUAUAAUAUGUGUGAAAUAAUCAUGAUGGAUGUUUGAUCCUCUCAGGAUGAAACAUUGAUCAUGAUAAACACGGUCACCAUCAUUAUCAUCAGUAUCAUUAUUAUCUGUUCUAAACACACAAACAAGGCACUAAUGAACUCCUUUGUCUACAGCCAAGACUCUUCUUUGCCUUUUCCUUGAUUGUACCUUAAAUCUUUAGAUUAUGUUCAACCUGGAUAAAGUACACAUGAUCUUGGAUGAAAUGAUCAUGAAUGGAGAGAUAUUGGAGACAAAUAAGAACAGAAUACUUGCACCUGUUUCUGUAUUAGACAAUGCAAACAGCUGAUCUGUUGGGAUUUGAAGAUUUUGCCCUUGGAACCUUUGCAAUAAGAGCAUCAUCUUGUCAAUGAAAUGAUCAUAGAUCAAGGGAUAAUGGAUAGGUGUCCUGAAAACAAAAACCUGAGAAGCUGUGAUCCUGAGUUAGAGCUCUUUAUCUCAUCAUAAUUUGAUAUGAAUCAUUUACUCAGAACUCAGUGCAGAUGUGUGAUUAUAUAAGAGUCACAUGGGAUACAGUUAUAAAUAUUAUUCCGAGAAUUGUCUUAUAUUUGUUCCUUCAGCUGCCUAAAUUAGAUAACUGAAUGCAUAUGGAAGUACUUAUUGUAUAUUUGUGAUAAGUUUUGCUGUUACAGUUCAGUUCUUGGCUUGUUAUUAAAACAAU